AUGUCCAUAAAGAAUGAGCAUGUGGUGGAAUGUGACACUGAUAGCAGCAGCAUCGAUGGAAAUUUCCUGAAUAUGGGUAGUCAAGUUGAGUAUAUACAUCCUAAGUUUGAUGCUGAGGUGGAUAUGGAGAAUCCUACCUUCAAGUUGGAGAUGUGCUUUAGCAAUGCUAAAGAGUUUAGAGGAGUAGUUAGAAAUUAUGCUAUUAAAAAUGGGAAACAGAAAAAAAAGGAGUCUGAGAAUGUUUUGAAGUUGUCCAGGACAAUGAUCUCCAGAGCCGGGGUUAAAGCUAUUAGUAUGGUCAUGGGGAAUGAGAAGGAGCAAUUUGGGAUGCUUAGAAGGUAUUGCCAAGCACUUAUUGAUUCCAACGCUGGAUCCGCUUGUGUAAUCAAGAGUGAGCAAUGUCAAAACCAAUUUAAGUUUGAAGAAGUCUAUAUAUGUCUAGAUGCAUUGAGAAGGGGUUUUCUAGAAGGAUGUAGGCGCUUUGUGGGGUUUGAUGGUUGUCAUUUGUCAUCGGGCUAUAAAGGUAUACUUCUAGCAGCUAUAGGCCUAGAUGGAAAUGAUCAGAUGUAUCCAUUUGCAUGGAUAGUCAUGGGACAAGAAACAUACAAGACAUGGCAUUGGUUUAUUAGUACGAUCGCAGAAGAUUUGGGGAUUAUAGACCCAGCAAAUUCAAAGUCUUGGACUUUCAUGUGUGAUAAGCAAAAGGGAUUGGUGCAAGCACUAGCUAAUUUGAUGCCCGAAGUAGAACAUAGAUUUUGCUUGAGGCAUCUUUAUGAGAACUUCAAGUUGCAUCACAAAGGACUAGGACUUAAACUUUUGGUUUGGAAGGCAGCCAUGGCAACGAGGGUAUGUGAUUUCGACUUGGCAAUGGAAGAGCUUAAGGCGGUUAAUGAAAAAGCUUAUGAUUGGUUGUCCCAGAGGCCUUAA